UGAAAAAAAAUAACUUGGUUGUCAGGGUAAUAACAUUGACGGCGUCUAAUGAUGGCGUCUAUUUACAAACAAUGUAACAAAUGAACAACUGAUUCCAUCUUUGAUCGUAGCCUCUCCAUAUUCUGCUACUUUGGUCGUCACGUCCUGAAAAUACUUAUGAUGCUUUGUUUUUAAUUUUUUUUUGGAUUUCGAUGUUUUCCUCUCUUGUAAAGGGGAAUGGGCUAUGGGAUGGACAUUUGGAAGACGAGUCAACUCUGGACAGCCUACUUCCAUCCAUACAUGAAACAGCAGAAAGCAGGAAAGCAAAGCUACCACCAACAGAUGCAAUUGAUAUAAGUGACACUCAAAACCAGGUCCUUAAACUACCAAAAACUUAUCUAACACGAAAAGGUGCCAUUUUACUGUUUGCUGCCCAUCAUGCCAGAAAGAAUCAUGAAAGUGAAAAACAAAAUAAAAAUAUUGAAAACAGCAGGGGUGAAGGUCUAGGGCAAGUUGAAGAGCAAAUUCCACCUCAUCAGAAAAGGAAACUUUUUCUGGAGUUUCUUGAUGUGUUUCUCAAAGAUCAAGACACAAACAAACAAGAAAUCUCCAGGCCAAUUGAUCAAAAACAAAAUAAUUCAAUAAGCAAACAUGUAGAAGACCAAACUGAAAAUGUUUUCAAAGUUUUAUCACGUCCAAAAUCAAUCAAUUCAUUCUACAACCAUCAUGAGACUCUCGUCAAAAGACCAAAAGAAAGACCAAAGACUGUACCAGUUAAUGUCCUCCCUAAAGAAGCUGAACAGAUUAAAGCACAUCCAAGAAUAACUAGUGGUAAACCGUGCCCUCCGAUACGAGCCCUGGGUAAACUUCCUUGCAAACUCACGCGUACCGACUUGGAAAAGACAACCAAUUUUCUCCAGUUGCCCUCACAAGAAAAUCAUCAUACAAGACAGCUUACCACUCCUUACUGUAGCAUUACCAACGAGAUGGACGACGUGACCAGUAUCCCAAACUCAAACUCUGAGUAUCAUUUUGAACGAUUGGAAAAAGCAAGCCGAGCAGCCUCGAGUACGUCAAGAUACUCAACAUGGUGGGCUAUGGAUGAUAUAUCACUUGGUUACUAUGACAACGAUGUUCAGGAUGACGACGACGACGACGAACACCUAGAAUGCAUCGAGUGUCUGUCAGAACAAAGAAGCGAGAUUUGUCGUACGACUUCGUCGGAUAUCAAGGCUGACAUAUUAGUUCCUCUCAAACGAGAAAUAUCUGAGCCAGGAAAUGAGGUAGAAGAUAUGGAUGAACAAGUAAAGUUUUACAAGGGGAUGAAUGCGUCCUCUUUCGACUCAGAUUUAAAUGAUCCUCGCGCUUUUAAAGAAGAUAAAUUGUAUUCUGAGAAGUCCAGGAAAAGUCGCGUUAAAAGCGCGCCAGUUUUGGCAAAUCACACGUCAAGAUGUCCGCGGAAAACUUAUAGUUAUAGCGCAGGUCAAACAAGGCCUUGCUCUUCACUAAUUCACGCGGACACUUGUGAGUACAAAAACCUUCAAACGAAGGCUUGGCAAAGAAAUUAUUCUGUACGAAUUCCAAGUGCUGCAUCUUACUAUGACGACAACGAAGACGAUAUUACCACACCCGAAGAUAUUUCAGAACAACCGACUAGGAGAAACUCUGAUCCAUUUACAGAAAUUGGCAGUACAACUUUGUUCUCAGGGCCUCUCGGCUUAAAACACGGCGUAACACUCAGUAGCAAUGAGAACGAUGAUGAUAGUGAUACUCUGGUGUUGACUCAAGAAACCUCUCAUAUCGCUUUAUUUCAAGGACAUUCAUUGGGUGAUGGUGAAGAUCCUAAAAACGAUGUUAAAACAAAUGAACCAUAUGCUAUCAAAGAUGAAAAGUAUGAUGAUUACAAGUUUGAAAACUGUAUAAAAAACGAUAAGGAUACGACAGUUUUUAAACCGGCUAAGAAGGUUGUUGAACGGAAUGCAAAGUCGGACAAAGAACAUAUAAAGACUAGAAAGAAGAUAACAGGAAAUAUGAGGGAUGAGAAAAAACAGGAGCUCAAGGGCGCAAAGCUAGUUAACACUGUGGAAUCAGAUUUUGUAGAGGUCCAGAUUCUUGAUGUCAUUUCGCAAGCACACCAAGAACGCAGGAAUAAAGCUAAUGAUGAUGAGGUUUCGGGAAAUGCUACGUCUUUUAUCUUUGAAUCUCGAAGCACAGAGUUGGGUGAAGAAAUCCAAAAAGAAAAUAUUAGUAGCGAUGUCGCCGAGGUUUUGGGGAGCGUGAAUGAGGAAUAUCUUCCUUAUGAAGGAACUCAUGUUAAUACGCCCCAAGAAGAAUGUCCCGUUAAGGAAACAGUUUUGGAAGAGGAACUCGACCGUUGCAGUGAUAAUGUACUAGCUAGUUAUUCCAAAGAUGAAUAUACUAUUAAAGAAAUUCCUUCCACUGAAGAUUCAUUUACCACAAAUGCUCUUCCACCUUGUGAAUCAUCACAAGUUAAUGUCAAAAGUGAUGAGAGAUCUAAUACAAGCGAAACAAACGAGGACAAAUAUGACCUGACCGCAAAGACACUUCAUCCCGAUAUAGCUGAAGUUCAAGGGACUAAAACAAGUCUCGAAUCAAACGAGACACCUGAAAUUUAUGUACGCGAGGUUCAGUUGACCUCCGAGACAGAUAAGCUCAUUCAGUUGGCGGGAAUUCGGGAGUCAGAUUCCAGAGUUGAACAACAAAACGUCGAUAGGAUGACUACAGAACCAGAACCACAUUAUAUCUCACAAACGAAACGCGAGGAAUCUUCCAUGACAACCAACAUGACGCCAGAGAAAAGCCUCGCGGAUUCAGAAAAGGCUGAGAUGAAAGGGUCGUUUGAUAUUCAACAAGAUGCAGUCACGAGUGAGAAAAAUUCCGAAGGAAACUCGCGAAAGGAGAAUUCACGAAAUAAACCAAAGCAGGACCAGAGUUCCAAGACCAAGGAUAAGGGCAAAGGAAUGAGAGCAGAGAAGACGAAAGGUGAUAAACUGGAUGUUAAAGGUGUGGGAAAAGCUGAGAAUAAAGUAAAUGAAGAAGAAGAUAAAAUGGAAGUGAAAAUCCAAAAUAAAGUGGAUUUGUCUGAUCUGGUGGUGAAGAAAGGCAACAACAAAACUACCAAGAAAUCGAAAGCAAAAUCUCCUAAAAUGUCACGAAAAACGGCUCCGGCUCUCGACCAAAUAGAGCCAGAACCAAGGCUUAGUAUGAUUCCUAAAGUUGACGAAACUCUGAUUAAAAUGAUAGAAAACCCUGACGGCGGCAGUCUGGAGUUGAGUGAGGAAACAUUGAAUCAGUUCGCGCCUGUGCAGGACUUCCAAGAUCCAGAUGUUCUAACUUCAUUAGAGUCGGGCAAAACUACAGAUGCCUUUUCUCCUUCAAAAGUCAAGAAAAGUAGUAAAAAAGCGGGGAAAAAGAAGGGCAAGGCUGCUGAAGGCAAUGCAGAAGAAACAAGAGAUGCUGGUGAGGAACGAAAGACAAAAAUUGCAGAAGACAAAGCUAGACAAGAUGAACAGAUGAAGUUAUUGAAAGAAAGAGAAGAAGAGCAACAUAGAUUAAUGGAGGAAGCCAAAGAAAAGCAGAGAGCAAUAGACGAGGAGAAAGGCAAACGGUUAGCGCAGGAGGCCGAAGCGAGAAGACAAGAGGAACAAGCAGAACAGGAUUUAAAAGAAGCGAAGAGAAAAGCAAAAGAAGAACGAGAGAAAAGACGAGAAGAGGAAGCUGAAAGAAGGAGAAUGGAGGUCCAGAGGAAACGGGAAGAUAAAAGAAGAAGAGAAUUGGAAAUACAAAAACGGGAAGCGGAACUUGAAAAGCAACGCGUGGAUCGUGAACAGAGAAUGGAAGAACUGCAGGCGCAGAAAGAUAGAGAACUUGAAAUGGAAAGAAUUGCUGAAGAACAAAGACAAGAGGAGGAAAGGCGUCGACUGCUUGAAUUAGAUGAAGAAAAACGUUUGGAAGACGCGAGAAUCCGCGAGGCUGAAGAAGCGGUUCAACGAAUGGCGCGCGAACGCGAAUACCGCGAACAAAUGCGCAAAAUUGCCGAAGCACAACAGGCUAAACUAGAAAAACUGGAAAUGGAGCGGCGCAAACAGGAGGAAGAAGAACGCGCUGCCAUUGAGAAAGAACGCAUACGAUUAGAAGAAGAAGCGCAGAUGCGUGAAGAAGCGGAGCUUGAACGUGUUCGCGAAUUGCGUCAGAAGGAAGCAAUUGCGCGUAUCCGUGCCGCGCACGAGGCCUCCAAGAGAAGAGCCUGGGCACUAAGGAGGAGAGCACAAAACAUGGAAAGAAUGGCAAGUCUCAGAUUCACCAGACAAUCCCAGAAAAUGACCGAGGCCUUUACUUUCUCUUAUCAUGUUCAAAUACCACGUGAGGUCUGGGAAUUACCAUAUGAUUGGAACUCAAAGAAGAAGAAGAAAGGAUCAUUUAGACCCGCGAGAAAAAGACAAAACGGCGGGAAGACGACGUAGUGCUAUAGAGAUCAUCCUCGUUCCCAGGGCCUAGCUCCGUUAGAUAGAAAAUAGUUAUCUAGCUAUAGUGUGAAAAAACUAUGAAAAUAUCACUCAUGAAAUGUUUGCAGACUAAUAUUUAUUUA